UUGGUCAGGCGCUCGUGAGCGCAGUUCGAUGUGCGCGUGCCGCCGUACCUGGCUGCGGUAUAUAAAAGAAACGGCCAACGGUCAGAAAUCACAACGGACGGUUCAAACGGCUGAAAGCGUCACCGGGCCCCGGUGUCUCUGUCCCCCCUUCCUUCCCUCCCUUUUCUCCUCUCCGCCAACCGGCACCGGUGCGUCCCCCUCCUCACAAGCUGGGGAAGAGGGGGGUCCAGCGGGGGGCGAGACAGCGAGGACCGACCAGCAUGGACCCCCAAGCGAAAGACAGACCGACGACCGGUGGUGGUGGUUUCAGCGGUCGACUGGCCUCUCUGGGAGCCGACGGAGGUGACUCUGAAUCGGGAGCCGGCUCGGAGGAGGCUGCCGUGGGCUGCUGCAGCGACACGUUCAGCAGCCUGCCCGACAUGGAGCAAGAGACGCUGGAGGAGAAAUUAAGAGGACUGGCGUUCAGAAAGCAGACCUCGUACCGGAAAGCCAUCUCUCGCUCCGGCCUCCAGCACCUCGGCCCACCGCAACCCAGUCUGCCUCCUGCGUCCAACGGGCCCAACAAGGACCUGCGUACCUGCGUGGACUGGACGGAGAACGCAGUGAAUGGAGAUCACCUGUGGAUGGAGACGAGCUGCUCAGGAGAGCUGUGUUAUCUCGGAGAGGACACCUGCCUGCUCAAGACUGCAAAGUCGGCCCCCAGGAGGAAAUGUGCUGCCUGUAAGAUCGUAGUUCACACCAGCUGCAUAGAGCAACUGGAAAAGAUUAACUUCCGAUGUAAGCCAACCUUCAGAGAGGGAGGAUCCCGGUGCCUCAGAGAUCAGAACAUACUGAGACAUCACUGGGUCCACAGACGGAGGCAGGAGGGGAAGUGUAGACAAUGUGGAAAGAGUUUUCAACAGAAGUUCUUCCACAGUAAAGAAAUCAUCGCCAUCAGUUGUUCCUGGUGUAAACAGGCUUUCCACAAUAAGGUGACGUGUUUCAUGCUGCACCAGAUCGAGGAGCCGUGUUCACUGGGAGCCCACGCUGGAGUCAUAGUCCCUCCGUCCUGGAUCAUCAAAGUCAGGAAACCACAGAGCUCACUGAAGAACUCUGCCAGGAGAAAAAAGCGGACGUCUUUCAAACGAAGGACGAGCAAGAAGGGACUGGAUGAGUCUAAAUGGCGUCCGUUCAUGUUGAAGCCUCUCCCCUCACCUCUCAUGAAGCCCAUCUUGGUUUUUGUCAAUCCCAAGAGUGGAGGCAACCAGGGUGCCAAGGUGUUACAGAUGUUCAUGUGGAUCUUGAACCCUCGACAAGUCUUUGACCUGUCACAGGGCGGACUGCGAGAGGCGUUGGAGUUGUAUCGGAAAGUGCCAAAUCUGAGGAUCCUGGCCUGCGGAGGCGACGGCACGGUGGGGUGGAUCCUGUCCACUCUGGACGAGCUGCAGAUGAACCCCCAGCCGCCGGUCGCUGUUCUUCCUCUGGGAACAGGAAAUGACCUCGCCAGGACGCUCAACUGGGGUGGGGGUUACACGGACGAGCCGGUGUCCAAGGUUUUGUGUCACGUGGAGGACGGUUCGGUGGUGCAGCUGGACAGGUGGAACCUCCUCGUAGAGAAAAGCGUCGCACAGCCAGAGGAGGGCACGCAGAAGCUGCCUCUGAACGUGUUCAACAACUACUUCAGCCUGGGCUUCGACGCUCACGUCACCCUGGAGUUCCACGAGUCGAGAGAGGCCAACCCGGAGAAGUUUAACAGUCGCUUCCGCAACAAGAUGUUCUAUGCAGGAGCUGCCUUCUCAGAUUUCCUCCAGAGAAGCUCGAGGGAUUUGUCCAAGCACGUCAGAGUGGUGUGCGAUGGUACCGACUUAACCCAGAAGAUCCAGGAGCUGAAGUUUCAGUGCAUUGUGUUUCUAAACAUUCCCAGGUACUGUGCUGGCACCAUGCCGUGGGGAAACACAGGCGACCAUCGGGACUUUGAACCGCAGCGCCACGACGACGGCUGCAUCGAGGUCAUCGGCUUCACCAUGGCCUCGCUGGCGGCGCUACAGGUCGGCGGUCACGGGGAGAGAUUACACCAGUGCAGAGAAGUCAUCCUGACGACGUUCAAGACUGUACCUGUUCAGGUGGACGGUGAGCCGUGUCGACUGGCUCCAUCCACUCUCCGAAUCUCCCUCCGAAAUCAGGCCAACAUGGUCCAGAAGAGCAAGAGACGCACCUCAGUGCCCCUGCUCAACGAUAUUCAGAAGGUGUGUGCAGCUGAUCUGCGCCGCCUCUCUGCUCCCCCAGACUCCUUCUCUGUUCCGCACGCAGUCCCGGAUCGUCUCCGUCUUCGGGUGAAUCGGAUCAGCCUGCAGGAGUACGACCGGCUGCAGUACGACAAAGAACGACUACGGGAUAUCUCCAUCCCAGUCGGUAUCGUCGUGGUGAGGGGCGACUGUGACCUGGAGACAUGCAGACUCUAUAUCGACCGAUUACAAGAGGACUUACACCAGGCGCCAUCUACUGGCCACAGAGUGCACUAUCAGGACGAGAGCAGAGGCGUCCCCAGGACUAGUUCGAGCAGUAGACUUUCUCCCAACUGGAGCUUCUUGGAUUCCACGUCAGCUGACCGCUUCUAUCGCAUCGACAAGGCUCAGGAGCACCUCCACUUUGUGACGGAAAUCUGUCAGGACGAGGUGUUUAUCCUGGACCACGAGGGACCGGUGGUGAGCCAGGGAGCGUCUACGGGGAUGCCUGAUCUGGUGGUGGAGCCAACUGGCACUCCCUUAACAUCCGAGGAACAAGUGCUGCUGACGGCCGCCAGCACAGGAGAUCUGUCCAUGCUGUCGGAGUGUGUGCGUCGAGGCGUCAGCCUGUUGGUCAGAGACUCUGGAGGAUGUUCGGCGUUACACAUAGCGGCCCAGAACGGACACGCGGACCUGGUCAGCUACAUACUGCAGCAGGGCUCAAAGGUGCUUCUGGAUUUGACAGACAGAGAGAAGUAUGUUGGAGGGGACACCGCAUUGCACAAAGCGGCCUCGGAGAAGCAGCACGGCGUGUGUCGGUUGCUGGUGGAGGCCGGUGCGUCGCUCGAGAAGACCAACUUCCAGGGGAAAACACCAGCGGACCAAGCGGAGGGAGACCCCGAGCUCGCCUCCUACCUGAGCAACCAACAACACACAUCGUCUGCCAACCGCGAAGACUUGGAGACGGCUGUCUGAGGCGCACACACACACACACACACACACACACACACACACACACACACACUCACUGUGUCUCUCUGGACUCUGCACACACACACUCGUAGUGGAGACGAAUCCGGGAGAGAAUAAAGUGUAAAAAAAAAAAAAAAAGUUUUGAUUUAACUCAAAACGGCUUCAGCUCACGGCAGUGGAGGUUUUAACGGUCAAACUAUUUAUUUGUAUUUAUUUAUUCAUAUUCUAUUUAUUGGUUGUGCUGAUUGAUUGAUUGAUGAGUGAUUGAUUGUCGGGACUUUUAACGGUUCAAGUGCACUUUGAGCAGCCGUCGCGAGGUCGUGAGUUCACUUGUGAGUUUUUUUUUUUUUGGAGAACCGGACUCGUGAAAAAACGUGUUUUUAUUUUGGUCACGAUGUGUUGAAAGUAUUAAACAUAAAGUUUCAUUUCACAAAACAAAAAAACAAAACAAAAAAAGGCUUCUAUGUUAUAAAACCUGUGUGCCAAAGACAUUGCACUGACGUAGUGUCAUAUCUAUCCCAGAGUCGCUUUUCACGCCCUCACGAACCCCCGAACUGAUUGUUUGAACACCAAAUUAUACAAUUAUCAUGUUUCAUUCAUCAUCCCUGUUACCGGGUCAACGGAGGGCUCCGAAAAUCUUUUCAGCUGUCAGAAGGAAGGAAGUGAGGAGAGAAGAACUUUAUUUUUAUAACUGCUUUUCAAACCAGAAACACGAAACAAUGAAUCAAACUUCCAGUCUGUGAUGUGAUCCCGCUGAUGACUUCAAAAUAUGUCAGCAGUUUUGCCUUUUUCCUGUUAGAUACUUGAUAUUUCCACCUGUAAAGAGUCGAUACUGAUUUGUUUUAAGGUGUCACAAGUCAAAAACCUUCAUGAACCACAAAGUUUGAGCAACAACAAAGUCAAUCCACUUCAAAAGGAAUCAAAUUAAACUCUCUGUGAUCCAAAUUUUUUAUUUCAUGACUCCGUCAUCAGUCAUUAAUAUAUAUUCAUACAUAUAUAUAGUUUUUAUUAUUUCAUUCCACCGCGUUGUUGGUCCGAGGAGUUGAUGAUGGUUUGAAUCUCGAUAUGUAGCUUCUGCUUUCAUAGCAAACAUCUAACAUAGGUUUAGUUUUGUCGUUGUCGAGUCGAGUUAUAUAUUGGUAUAUAUUACAAUACGUAUAAUAUAUGCAAUCAGACCAAACUCUGAUGUUUUAUUAUCUUUAUAGACGUGAGACCAUGUUUAAACGUCGAGGAAUACAAACUAUAUUCACAACGAUAAGAUGAAGGAAUAACGUCCUUUAACACCUGAUUUAUGACUUUAUCUUCGAGGUUAAAGCUCAACAGCUCAGUUCAAAUCGCACUGAUGUUGCAUUCCGACGGGAUCAUUCGGCGUGUGAAACAAUGAAAAACUCUCAUUCACUGUCUGAGUCUCUCGACCACAGCUCGAAACCAAAUUAAACGUCUUCGUGCCGCUUGUUCUGCAGCAUAAAUUUGUGAGUCAGACUCAGAUUCAGAAGCCGGCCACAUGAAACAAACAAAGUCAGAACACAACGAGUGGAGUAUUAGAGUUUAUAGAGUCUCGGUCUCAGAGACGUUUCAGGCUGACUGUGGAGGUUUUCACGGCGGUUUGGUGGUUGCAGUACGACGUCACAGUGCCGGAUCCUUUCUGAAUGUGAUGUAGACAGUACAAACAGAACACAGUGUUGAUUUAUCGCCCGACCGAAUUCAGAGUGGAGAUUAGAUCAUAGACCGACAGAGAAAAGGCCAAAAAAAUUUAAACAAACGUUGCAUCCAAACAGUUUCUUGUCAUGAACUUGAAUCCGUCAUAUCACCGACAGAUUAUUUAGAAAACAUCGACAUCAGUCCAACCAUGAAUUCUUCUUGAACGUUGAGUUAUCGAGGAGACACGAACAAAUAUUUAAACUCUUCACACCGGGACUGUGUGUAUCUGGUACUCCUGACCCUAACAAGGCUUUUCACAUGCAGCUUGUGUGUGUGUGGGUGUGUGUGUGUGUGUUUAUAUAAGUGUGUGUGACAAUAUCCCCAUUCCAUAUCAAACGUGUACAGCUGCGACAGAAAGAGACAGAAGUUCACUCUGUGCAGACUGUGUGUUGUCUUAUAAUGUGUGUGUGUGUGUGUGUGUGCAGCAUUAAUCCAAGACAGAAAGGAAGAAGCGUGAAAUCUGAGCCAUAUUCGAUGCAAUAUGAAUAGAUGACGUCUUUUUGCAUUUCUCUAUCAAUCGUUUACAUUACAUUAAUGUUUCUAACACAGUCGAGCGUUGAGCACAGCGGAGUAUCGAAUGUGCGUUUGUACUUCAGCGCUGGUUCAUGAUUGUCUCGUUAUUUUUUGUUUUACUUUGGUUGUGCAUGUAUGUCGAUUCUUCUUUUGUUAUAACCUGUUGUAAAACUUUAAAAAAAAAAAAAUUUAUAAAAGUAGGACCAGCUUUUUUUCCUGAGAGACGCAGCCAUCGUAGAAGUCCGGCUUUGAAACGAUCGGUUGGAAAUCCCGUCGCACUCAUUUAAAGACUGAGUCAUUACUGACUGAAUGUUUCACUGAGCGGUGUUUCUCAUGUGAUUAACUUGUUAGAUAUCUUCCAGAGCUUUCAGCGACAUUUCAAGGCUGAAAGCUCCGGAAGACAUCACGUAAGUGGACCUUUAUUUAUUUUUUUUGGGGUUAAUCUCCUGUUUCUCAAAAGAAAACCAAUUCCCACAUGAUUCAUUGAUCUGAUGAUGAAUGAUUAAUCCUGUCAUCGAUCAUGUGAUGUAAAGAAUAACCCUGAUGAUCAACAUUAGUCAGAGAAUAUCGUCCAUUUCUUUUAAUAAUCUAUCAAAUUUAUUUUCAUUUAUUUAUUUUUAAUCAUAACAGAGCAACCACGGGAGGUUCAAAAAUAAUUCCGAUCUGAUGAUCGGGCAUGUUGUGACAGAUCAACUCGCCAGUUUCACUUCUUUUUCUUUUUUUUCAGCUGGUGGCAUGAUGAAUCCGUGUAGUUGCUAUGGUUACCUGUUUAUUAAUAUGCCCUGGGCACUGACUUGAGGUGGAGCUGUCGAGAUGUCCUGAUGUACAAAUUUAACAAGCGUGUAACUCACAGAGAGAGACAACAACAAACCAAAUCAAAAUACAUUUUUAAGAGAAAAGUUUUAAGUUUUAGCAGAAACUUUCAGCUGAAAUACAAACAUUUUUUAAAUGGAAAUUGUAUUUUUUGUUUCUGUGAUGAUCUAAAAGUGUUAAAUUCAGGUGCGUUGGAAUAAAAAAAUAAAGUAGGAGGAUUUCUACGAUGGCUGCAGCUGUCGACGUCCGACACUGAGACGUUUCCUCUGAGAGUCCGGAGACGUAAAAACAGACAAAAUGUGUAAAAAAAAUAUAUAAAAUAAAACUUUCUGUGAACCGUGACGACAUUUUCUAUGAAGUGUUAAUAAGCUAAGGCCCCGCUCUGAAUGACAUACACACACACACGCUUCUUAUCACUCUUUCUAUCGAGUCGAAAACUUUGUAUUAAAUUGUGUCUCAUCAGUUAUGCAUGGCAUCUUUCUUACAUCCUCUGGAUUAUUUUCUUGUAAUGGCAUUAUUGUUGUUUAAAGUUAAAUUAUUAUAAAUGAUUUCUACCUGAGUUUCCUCUUAGGUUGGAUGUGUGUUUUGUUUAUUUUUGCUUUUGUAUUUCUUCUUUUAUUUCUGCUGCUGCUGAUGAUGAUGAUGAUGAUGAUGUUGAUGAUGAUGAUGAUGAUGAUGAUGAUGGAAUUACUUGAAGUUUGUUGUUUUAUUUCAUUCAUUUGUUAAAAGAAGAUGGGACGCUGUA